UAUCGUAAUUGUUUCAUUGUACAGAUUGAGCUAGCUCGUAGCAUGGUCAUUCGAACUCUGGGUGCCUCUUAGGCGACGCCUCACGUUUCAAGUUAUGAUAUAUCGGUGCUAACAAAGCAAAAUGGGGGAGUCAGGGGAGGUGAGCGAGAUGGUGCAUAGAAUGCAAACGUUCUCCUGGGUGGACUAUGUGGUGUUUGUGUUCAUGUUGGCCAUCAGUGCGGUUGUGGGAGUGUACUGGGGUUUCAUGAAGAAGCAGACCACGCAGAAUGAUUACCUUCUCGGCGGUAGGAACAUGAAGGUAGUUCCGGUUGCUAUGUCCCUCGUAGCAAGUUUUGUGUCUGGAAUAACUUUGUUGGGUUCCCCUACCGAGGUUUACAUGUACGGCACCCAGUACGCAUUCAUAAUGGGAGGAAUAUUCCUCAUGUCCUUCGUUAUGACGCAAGUUUAUUUGCCUGUUUUUCACGAGCUGAAGAUUACGUCUAAUUACGAGUACUUAUCGAUGAGAUUUGAUAACAGGGUGCGACUUUUUGGAUCGAUUUUAUUUGCAUUUACUUUGAUAGGCUGGCUGCCAAUAGUAAUUUAUGUUCCAGCUUUGGCUUUUAAUCAAGUUACUGGAGUGGAUAUUCAUGUAAUAACACCCAUUGUGUGUAUCGUCUGCAUAUUUUAUACCAGUGCUGGUGGUCUCCAAGCCGUGGUAUGGACAGACGUGAUCCAAAUCACAGCCAUGUUCGGUGCCAUGGCUUUAGUGGCCAUCAAAGGAACCAUUGAUGUUGGGGGCAUAGGGGUCGUGUGGCAACGGAAUAUGGAUAGCGAUCGAAUAGAGCUUCCCAACUGGGAUCCGAACCCAAUGGCCAGGCAUACGAUCUGGAGUUUGGUGGUGGGAGGACUGGUGUACUGGCUCCAGGCGAAUUCAGUCAACCAGACGAUGGUGCAACGGUAUCUCGCAUUGCCGACGCUUCGUGGGGCCAAAUGUGCUGUGAUCCUGUUCUGCAUUGGCAUAUCAAUAUUGUACUGCUUCUGUCUAUACUGUGGCUUAUUGAUCUACGCCCGAUUUUACGACUGCGACCCAUUGCAGACAAAGCUAGCCAAAGCUAAAGAUCAGCUUUUACCGCUGCUCGUAAUGGAUGUACUAGGUGAAAUUCCUGGUCUACCUGGUGUCUUUGUGGCUGGAAUCUUCAGUGCUGCGUUGAGUUCCCUAUCAACAAGUUUGAACUCCAUGUCAGCUGUUGUGUUAGAGGACUUCUACAAGCCGUUCUUCAAGAAAGAAUUAUCUGAUCGUCAAGCCAACUGGCUCAUGAGAGGCGUCGUUGUACUCCUAGGCACACUUUGUGUAGGGCUAGUGUUCAUAGUAGAGAAAAUGGGAACAAUACUGCAACUGACCAUGACCCUAGAGGCAAUGACAAUGGGCCCGCAGCUCGGGGUCUUUACCAUGGGCAUAUUGAUGCCUUGGGUCGAUGCCACUGGUGCCUUAGUGGGCGGGGUAAGUGGCUUAGCGACCAUGUCUUGGUGGUGUCUCACCGCACAGAUGGCCAUCGCUCGGGGUCGCAUCACCCAUCCACAUAAGGACCUCACUGUAUCAGGCUGCCAGUACAACUUCACUGUCAGUGAUGCUGUACCUCCAUCUCCGGAUGCAAACGAUGACGUAAAUCCGUUACUGAGAGUGUCCUACAUGUGGUACACUCUAGCGGGGGCAGUGGUCACGAUAUGCGUCGGGGCAGCUGUGUCCCGCCUGAACCGAGUUCGGGGCAAAGCAUACGUGCCUCCCGCGCCCAAACUCCUAGCGCCACAGUUGAGGCGGUUGUACAGAGAACCUCCACACCCUUCUGAGGAGCCUUAUAUUAGGGCUUAUGGACAAAACAAAGAAGCCUGCCAAGUUAAUGCUACCUCAAUAAAUAUGAAGCCAAUAAAUGAAUGCCAAGAGAUAAGCUGAGUUAUAGAUCUAAACACUAGAGUAUCACUAUUUGUUUAUUUUUUAGAAAAAUACACAAUAAACAUGACGUGUUUUGA